GGGGAAGCCAAACAUAAUUAGCUCUUUCUUGCAUCAUCGGAAUACCUGACUGCUUUGCAUAAGGAGGUGGACCUGUCCACCUCAAACCUCCCAUCAUGAGAGUGAACGUCCUGUUAGCCACCGCGGCCGCCCUGGCCCCCCUUGUCGCCGGCGCCGGCACCGCGGCUUCGGCCAGCAAAAUGGAAGAGCUCAUGGACAUCAAGACGAAGCAGUGGGACGAGGCCCGCGCCAAGGGCCUCUUUGGCGGCUCGCUCCUGUACCGCAAGAUCACCUCCAAGCAGGCCUGCAUCAACGGGGUCGCGGGCAAGGGCACGGCCGCGUACCGGUGCAACAACGUGGACCUGCACGGCUUCCUGAGCCACGAGGACCUCGGGUCGUCUACCAAGGCCGGCAACGACGUCUGGGGCUGGACGUCGCCCGACGGGCGCGAGUUCGGCAUCGUCGGGCAGACGGACGGCGUCGGCUUCGUCGAGGUGACGCGCGGCGGCAAGCUCGAGUACCUCGGCCGGCUGGACACGCAGACGACGGCGACCAGCUGGCGCGACAUCAAGGUGAUCGGCCACCACGCCUACAUCGGGGCCGAGUCGGACGGCCACGGCCUCCAGAUCUUCGACCUGAACAGGCUGCUCUCGGUCAAGCCGUGGUGGAACCCCGUCUUCUGGCGGCCGCGGACCUUCAGCAAGGAGCGCGACCUGACCGCCCUCUUCACCGGCUUCGGCGCCUCGCACAACCUCGUCGCACACGAGGAGGCCAUGAUGAUCUACGCCGUCGGCGGGCGGUCGGGCGCCAACGCGCGCAACACGACGUGCGCGGGCGGCAUGUUCAUGGUCGACGUGUCGGACCCGGCCAACCCCGUCUCGCCCGGCUGCAUCCCCCACGACGGCUACGUGCACGACGCCCAGUGCGUCGUCUACUCCGGGCCCUCGGAGAAGUACCGCGGCCGCCAGAUCUGCUUCAACUUCAACGAGGACACGCUCACCAUCAUGGACGUGACCGACAAGAAGAACCCCGCCGUCGUCUCGCGGACCCCCUACCACGGCGCCGCCUACACCCACCAGGGCUGGCUCGUCGACCACACCCAGACCUUCCUGCUGCUCGACGACGAGAAGGACGAGCUGGACGGCACCGACCCGGCCGCCGACGGCCACACCACCACCUACAUCUUCAACGUGACCAACCUCGAGGGCCCCAUCAACACGGGCAUCUACAAGAGCCCGGCCAGGUCGAUCGAUCACAACCAAUACGUCGUCAACGGUCUGACGUACCAGGCCAACUACGGCUCGGGGCUGCGCAUCGUGGACGUUUCGGGCGUCGAGCUCGAUCCCACCGGCGGCAACUUUGAGGAGGUCGGCUUCUUUGACUGCCACCCCGAAGACGACGAGGUCGGCGGCGUGAUCAAGUUCCUGGGAACCUGGUCUGUGUAUCCGUACUUCAAGUCCGGUUACAUCCUGCUCAACUCGAUUGAGCGCGGUAUCUUCUCGCUGAAGUACACGGGAAGGAAGGCCAGGUAUUGAAAUAAAUAGCCGUAAGGUUAGACCACACACGGAAAUAAUAAGAAAAAAAAUUGACAUCAGUCUCUCGAACGGAUGAUUGAUGCGCUCGGCGCGCACGUGGGGCGGUUUGUUGAUGGAUGUGCGGAGCUCAUUAGACGCUCCCAAAGCCAGGGCGUGUUGUGGGAACGUUCGUCUACGGGAAGACUUGCAACGAGAGGUCUCCUUGGGGUCGCGAGCAUCUA